AUGUUUCCUUCUGUCGUGUCCAACCCUACUAAUUCUAAGUCCGAGGAAGCUAGUAUUUCUUCUGGCCCUAGGGUUCGUGACUAUGGUAGCUUAAAUUCAGUGCUACUAAAAACCCACAGUAUUGUUCCAAAUCAGCCACAGAAAAUCAAGAAGAAGAGAAGCCUCCCAGGAAAUCCAGAUCCUGACGCUGAAGUGAUUGCACUAUCUCCAAAGACCCUUUUGGCUACCAACAGAUUUGUUUGUGAGAUCUGCAACAAGGGCUUUCAGAGAGAUCAAAACCUUCAACUCCACAGAAGAGGGCACAAUCUUCCAUGGAAAUUGAAGCAAAGAAACAGCACAGAUAACAGAAAAAGAGCCUAUGUAUGCCCUGAACCAACAUGUGUUCAUCACCAUCCGUCUAGGGCUCUCGGAGAUCUUACAGGAAUAAAGAAACAUUACUGCAGAAAACAUGGGGAGAAGAAAUGGAAAUGUGAGAAAUGUUCAAAGAUUUAUGCAGUUCAAUCAGAUUGGAGAGCUCAUUCCAAAACAUGUGGCACAAGAGAAUAUAGAUGUGAAUGUGGAACCAUUUUCUCCAGGAAGGAUAGCUUCGUAACCCACAGAGCAUUCUGUGAUGCUUUAGCUGAAGAAACUGCAAGAAUCUCAGCAAACUCCAUACUCGCCGCAGCGGCACCACCACCAUCAUCAAACCCUAAUGGCCAACCUUUCCAUCUCCGCCCACACAGUCCUCCUCCACCUCUAUACCUCUUCUCAUCCCAACAGCGCCCCCUCCAAAACCCACCACCCCAUACCCCCCUAAACCCUUGGAACCAGCCUCAAAACCCUAACCCUAGCCAAAACCAACUCCGUAUUAAACCUGAAACCACCCACAUUCCCGUGAUCUCUUCACCAUUUUAUCAAGAAUCUCACAAGAAUCUAAUGGCGUCACCCUUCCAGAACUACCACGUCAACGUACAGUCAGCAACAUCCACCAGUGCCAGCGUGGCAGCCCUCUCAGCCACUGCAUUGCUCCAAAAAGCAGCCACUAUAGGUGCACAUUCUGUUGGUCACUUGAGCUCUACCAUGACCCAGUUCGAUAUGAGCACUAUGAGGCAAGUGACCACCACAGGGGCCGAACCACCGGAGUACCUGGCAUUCGCAGCUGGGAAUCUUUCCACGUGGCAAAAAUUUGACGGCUUGACUCGGGAUUUUUUGGGGUUGACUGGUGAACAGUGCGGUGGCGGUAGUGAUGGAGUGAAUGGGAGGGACCUGCUAUCGUUCGCUGAGGACGUAGAGUUCUCUACAUAUGACCAUGAUCACACACUGUUGAAGCAUCAAGCCUUUGAACUUGCAGAACCCUAUAACUAA